AUGAAGUUACACGUUCUAAAAUGGGAAUGGUACUUUGAAGAUAAUCCUGCACAAACUUUGGAGAAUGAUGUUCAAAAUUCUUCUGCAAUGUCUCAGGUAGCGUUUCAACUUGAAGAUACUGAUGGGAAGAAUUUAGUUGUUAUUGAGAAAUUACAAUUGAAGCAUCUGCUACACUCACAUGCAUCAGUAUUUGAAAAGGGCAAGGAACUGACAACAUACGCUGCAGUUGACUAA